UCUUAACAUUUCCCACUAGAUGAUGAGAUAAUGAUGUACCCAACCAAAGUUGAGAGAGAGAGAGAGAGAGAGAGAGAGAGAGAAGGUUAAAGAAGAAAAGAAAAGCACCUCUUUUUAUCCCACAUUCUGAUCAUUGAUUCCAGUUGGGUUUCCAGUGAAACCAACUGGGUUUCAUCCGAUUUAUCUUGAUGAUAAGUGCUCUUCGAAAAGUUCUUAUCUUUAUGAUUCUUUAGGCACACAGAGUUGUGUGAGAUGAAAAACUAGAUACAGGGAAAAAAAAAAAAAAGAGAGACCAUUUUUAUUUUUUCUUCAUUGAUGAUUCCAUCGCAGCUUUCCAAAAUUGCAACUGGGUAUCAACCAGCUUGUUAUUAUUUGGCAUGAUAUCUUUCCUUUGUGUUACCCGAAAGAGGUAUGGUUUUGAUGGGUAUUAUUGCUUAUGGAGUAAGAAGACGCAACACAGUAUUGAGCCGUAAUAUAGAGAACAGAGAAGAAACUACGAAGUGGGUGUGCUAUACUUGCGUUUUGUGGGGGAAUAUGGAGCUCGGUUGCUGAAGAAUCAACUUGAUUUCAUGCAAUUUCAUCUUUUGGUUCUCUUGAAGGUCUGAUUUUGACGAGUUUCUGAGUUGGGUCUGUUAAAUUUUCAAGCUAGUUUCACCGUCUAGGUGAAUCUUUCUAGCGUAUCUAUGCUAAAGGUUUGAUUUUGACGAGUAUUGAGAGCUGGGCUUGCUGAAAGAAUCAACUGGGUUUCUUUCAACCUUCCAGGUUCUUUUUGAAGAUAUAUAGGUGGGUUUUGGUUAAAAUGUCGUUUAAUGGUAAAUUAUCAGCUAAUUUCAAGCUGAAGAAGGCAAAGGAACCAUUGCAUGGAUCUAAUUGUGUCUGGAAAUGGAGGAGACAUCUUUUGUUUCUGGGGCUCUUAGGUAUUGUCAUUUGGUUCUUCUCUGGCUUGAAUGAUGGGGUUUUCAGGAGGAAGGAGGAGAUACCAAGCUUGUUUAAAGACAAAGCUAGAAUUUUGCUUGAACAUUUCAAUGUCAGCAAGGACCAACUUCGUGCCUUGGCUUCUUUAUUCUCUGAAUCAGAUCAGAUAACAUCCUUGAAAUGUACCAAAAAAGUAGGCUAUAAAAUGCCACCUAGUAACGGUAUUGCCUGUGCUCUGAAGGUGCUAGGCCCAGAGAAGCAAGAAUUCAGAAAGCAGCACGGAAUGGGUGUAGAUGUAGUACCUGAUGACCAAUGUCCUGUUCAAGAUGAGAAUAAUCCCAGGAAGCUUGGCCUGUGGUUGUUGGAGGAUAAAUCCCUAUCAUUUGUUUCGCAAUCAACGUCUCCAUCUUCUUCACCAAAUCAUCAGAAUGAUGAAGAGAAUGCACUGCAAAGAAGGGCUCCUGGGUCCGGUGAAGAGUGCUGUGGGAGUUGUUCCUUUUGUUUUGUGAAUGUAUGCUGGUGGAUCAUUCUUGGAGUGGUAGUGAGCUGCAAAAUGCCUAGUUUACAUGAAAAAUUGCAAAGUCAAAAUCAGAAGCCAGUUCAGCUGCAGCCACUAGCUCAGCAGCAGCAGCAACUGCUGCUGCAGAAGCAGCAAAACAUUGCUCAGAAUUCUUCUAAAAGUGCUGGGAAGUGGAGGAAGAAGCUGCUAAUUAUGUUCGUCUUAGCUGGGGUGACUGGAUCCAUUUGGUUAUUUUGGCACUUGAAACAGGAUAUUGUUGUAAGGAGGAGAGAAACACUUGCAAACAUGUGUGAUGAACGAGCCCGAAUGUUGCAGGAUCAGUUUAAUGUGAGCAUGAACCAUGUUCAUGCAUUGGCUAUUCUAAUCUCCAUGUUUCACCAUGGAAAACAACCUUCUGCUAUUGACCAGAAAACAUUUGGAGAAUAUACCCAGAGAACAGCUUUUGAGAGGCCACUUACUAGUGGUGUUGCCUAUGCUUUGAAAGUUCCUCAUUCAGAGAGAAGGGAAUUUGAGAAGCAGCACGGAUGGAAAAUAAAGAAAAUGGAAACUGAGGAUCAAACACUAGUCCAAGAUUGUCUCCCAGAAAAUUUGGAUCCUUCACCCAUUCAAGAUGAAUAUGCACCCGUUAUACUUACACAAGAAACUGUCUCCCAUAUUGUAUCUAUCGAUAUGAUGUCUGGAAAGGAAGAUCGUGAGAACAUCUUGAGAGCAAGGGCAUCUGGCAAAGGAGUCCUAACAUCUCCUUUUAAGUUAUUGAAAUCCAACCACCUGGGCGUUGUACUUACUUUCGCUGUUUAUAAUUCUCAUCUCCCUCCAAACGCUACGCCAGAGCAACGUAUUAAUGCUACCGUGGGGUACCUUGGUGCAUCUUAUGAUGUCCCAUCACUAGUGGAGAAGCUUCUGCACCAGCUUGCUAGCAAACAGACGAUUGUUGUGAAUGUUUAUGAUACAACCAACAAAUCUGCAACCAUUAAAAUGUAUGGUACUGAUGCCCCUGAUACGGGUCUACUGCACAAUAGCAGCCUUGACUUUGGUGAUCCAGCUCGGAAGCACGAGAUGCAUUGCAGCUUCAAGCAGAAACCACCUCCACCUUGGACAGCAAUAACAGCAUCAGUAGGAGUUCUUGUUAUCACUUUGCUUCUGGGUCAUAUCUUCCAUGCAGCCAUAAACCGAAUUGCAAAAGUGGAGCGUGACUGUCAGACAAUGUUGGAGCUUAAACAACUUGCUGAAGCUGCAGAUGUAGCAAAAUCUCAGUUUCUUGCAACGGUUUCCCAUGAAAUCAGGACUCCGAUGAAUGGUGUUUUAGGUAUGCUGCAAAUGCUGAUGGACACUGAUCUUGAUGCAAACCAACUAGAUUAUGUCCAGACUGCUCAUGCUAGUGGGAAAGAUCUAAUAUCAUUGAUUAAUGAGGUUCUUGAUCAAGCUAAGAUAGAAUCGGGCAGGCUUGAGCUUGAGGCUGUACCUUUUGAUCUGCGUGCUGUUCUUGAUAAUGUUUUAUCACUUUUCUCAGUCAAAUUUCAUGAAAAAGGAAUUGAGCUGGCUAUUUACAUCUCUGAUCAGGUUCCUGAAGUUGUCAUUGGAGACCCUGGACGGUUCCGGCAGAUAAUUACAAAUCUUGUUGGAAAUUCAAUCAAGUUCACACAUGACAAGGGGCAUAUAUUUGUCUCAGUGCAUCUGGCAGAAGAAGUGAGGACCCCACUUUAUGUUAGGGACGAAGUGCUAAAACAAAGCUUAACCUUAGUUCAAGACCGGUCAAACAAUUCUUAUAAUACAUUGAGUGGUUUUCCUGUGGUUGAUAGAUGGAAAAGCUGGGAGAAUUUUAAAAUGUUAAGUGGCACAGAUUUGACAGAGGAAACGAAAAUGAUUAAAUUAUUAGUGACAGUAGAAGAUACAGGAGUGGGAAUUCCUCUUGAAGCACAAGGGCGCAUUUUCACGCCUUUUAUGCAGGCUGACAGUUCCACUUCACGAACAUAUGGUGGGACUGGAAUUGGAUUGAGCAUUAGCAAGCGUUUGGUGGACCUAAUGAAUGGAGAGAUUGGAUUUGUCAGCAAACCUGGCACUGGCAGUACUUUUUCAUUUACUGCAACUCUUGCUAAAGGAGAAACAAGUUCUCUGGAAACAAAUAGGCAGCAGUACAAUCCAACUGUUUCAGAGUUUCAGGGAUUGAAAGCAUUGGUGGUUGAUAGUAGAAGCAUCCGAGCUGAGGUCACAAGAUAUCAUCUCCAAAGAUUGGGGAUGUCCACAGACAUAGUCAGUCGCGAUUUUGCAUGCUCUUACCUGUCUAGUUACUCCAACACAAGUGCAUCAUCACAUUUAAACAUGAUUCUUGUUGAAAAAGAUGAUUGGGACAAGGAGAUUGGUCUACCAUUACAUCAACUGCUUAGGGAGCUCAGGCCAAAUGGCUGCUCAGAAGUCCCAGAAAUUCUGCCAAAGCUAUUUCUUUUGGCAACUUCUAUAAGCUCUACUGAGCGGAAUGAGCUUAAAUCAGCUGGUUUUGUGGAUGACGUGCUAACAAAACCUCUCCGAUUAAGCGUGUUGAUUUCCUGCUUCCGUGAAGCCCUUGGAAUUGGCAAGAAGAGGCAAUUAAACAGAGGGAAACUAUUAAAUCUUGGAAGUCUACUCAGGGAUAAGCGAAUAUUGGUGGUGGAUGACAAUGCUGUUAACAGAAGGGUGGCCGAAGGUGCUCUAAAAAAGUAUGGAGCAACUGUUACUUGUGUAGAGAGUGGAAAGGCUGCUGUAGCAAUGCUGAAGCCUCCACACAGCUUUGAUGCUUGCUUCAUGGAUCUCCAGAUGCCAGAAAUGGAUGGGUUUGAAGCUACGCGACAAAUCCGCUGUCUAGAGCACAAUGUUAAUGAAAAAAUUGAAUAUGUUGAAGCAUCUACCAAUGUGUAUGCAAAUAUGGCUCAUUGGCACACACCAAUAUUAGCAAUGACUGCCGAUGUAAUUCAAGCAACGAAUGAGGAGUGUGUGAAGUGUGGGAUGGAUGAUUAUGUGUCAAAGCCAUUUGAAGAAGAGCAGCUUUAUUUAGCAGUGGCACGCUUCUUUGAAUCUGGUUGAGAGAGGGAAUGGGAUUGACAUGCAGUGGUUGUUCAGUGGUGGUCCAGCCAAGUGGUUGUUCUGACUGAUUUUACGAGUAUAUAACCCAAAGCAAUUUGGCUGUCCAACUACUGACAUCCCUCACCGCUAUGAGAAGGCAUGAUAGGCUCAUCCCAAUUGGCAUUCUUCUAGCCAUUCCCCAUAUGAAUUCCAAAUGCAGUGACAGAUGUUAAUUGGUGGUGAUCUGUUUUCAGGAAUGCUUAGAUUGCCACCAUGAUUAAUGGUUUGUAAUGCAUGGAUAGCCACAGAAAGCAGUGAACAAGCUGUGAGCAGUUUGUCAUUAUCGAUCCAUUCUACAUCAUCUGCUCACUUAACAGGGGACACGACACGAUAAGAGAAAAGGAAUUAUUUAUUUAUUUAUUUAUUUUGUAUAUACCUCCUUUAGUUAGAUUUUAUAUGAUUAGCAUGAUUUUUUAAAUACUGGCAUUCUUCCUUGAAGAAGGUAUGAGGAUCUUUAGAAUACCCACAUUAAUCCUAAUGAGAUGAAUGACUCAUCUUUUUUUUUUUCCUCAAUAUUCAUGUAGAGAAGAAUGCAGAUAAAUAAUAAUCACAUUGCGAGAAGAAGAUGGAUUGUUAUUCUGACAA